UCGGCACUCGAGCUGUUCGAAUGGGCAGCAUUUCCCUACAGAUGUGGUCAUCCCGACUUCCAGAACUAGGAGCACAGAUUCCCACAUGUUGCAGACAGUGCAACACAUUAUCUUAGGCUCCCUCUGACGUGUUCAGUUGAAUUUAGAAAAUCCUCACGGUCCCACAGCGUGUGACCGGAGUGAAAGGCGAAAACAUUUCCAUUAAUUGCUCUGCGUCUUUAUUCAUGCCGAAUGCAAUGUUGGAUGUUUAUUGGUGGAAGAAAGGGCAACGCUCGACUUUUAGUAUGACGAGAGAGAAAACGAAAAUAGCGAUGCCUUUUCACCAAGGAUCUUCCGAGUUCCGCCUGAUCAAUGUGAGUUUCCAAGAUUCUGGGGUUUAUUACUGCGGCGUUAAAAAAGGGCCAGGAAUGAUGUCUAAUGGCACUGGGACUGAGGUCACAAUAUACGUGCCUCCAACUCCAAUAACGAUUACUCGACUGUCCUCUCCAUUCCUUAAACUUCUCUGUACGACAGCUAGCUUCUUCCCAGAAGAAUUUAACCUUACCUGGUAUGAAAAUGACAGAAAAAUUACAUCUGGAAUAAAUACUACAAAGUUUCAGGAAAAGGAGGGAUUACAUCAAGUUUCCAGCUCCUUAUAUCCUGUGGAGAUCGGGUUGGUUUAUACUUGCCAAGUUUCUCAUGUUUCACUAGUGGACCCAGCCAAUGACAGCUACUUGGUUUCAGAUCAGGGUAAAAAAGGAAAUGGUUUCUCCUAUGCCUUAGCAUUCAGCUGGAUAGCAGGGGGCUUUAUAAUUUUGGUUCUAGCAAUUGUUGUCAGGCUGUACAAACUAGAGAGAUCUCAUGGUGAUGCAGUUGCUGAAGAAAUUGACAGCCGGGUUGAGGAGCAGGUCAUCCAUAAAGGAAAAGUGGAGGGUCCAACUUAUGCUGAUCUCCACUUCAAUGAACACAGGAAAAUGUGGAAACCCAGAAGUGAAAAAGAGGCUGUUGUUUAUACAAACAUAAAUUACCAUUCUGUCCAGGACCAACUCUGAAACAGACCAAGCAAGGGACAGAUGAGAAAACACCUUCUGCAUUUUGAGAUCUCAUUACUUCGAGAAAGUGUCAAGAGUGGAAAAAAAAAGAAGAGCAUGGCAAGAAUACGAGAAUCCAGUGAAGCAAAGACAGAGAAACCUGGGUCUCAUGGGUCAGAGAAGUGUGAAGGAUCAUGUCCUUGCUAUUGUCUGAAUACUAACUGCAUAACCUGGACUUAUUGUAAAGUGUUCCAUAAAUAAGUAGAAUAUGGAGGGAGAACAGGAAAUAUAGAGAAACUCUUCGAUCUUGAUCUUUGCACAUUCUUGAAAACAUUGAUCAUUGUAAGAACACUGCAUUAUUUAUCUUACAAAUCAAGUGGAAAGGAGAUUGUGGUCUGUUGUUCAGUUCAGUUGAAGACAAUAAGCUGGGUCAGUUAUUUCAAAUGUUACUAUGUCACAAUUUUAUGGAAGACUUACAUUACUGGCCACUAGUCUCAAGAUGUCACUGAUGUGUUGAUACUCUUUACACUACCCUCAUCUCAGCUUUCUUUAUCAAACCUAAUUCAAAUAGCUUCCACAGCAUGUAUUUCUCCAAACCAUCCUUAAAUCCACCAAUAUUCCAGGUGACAUCUUCUGCUGGUGCUAGCAAUUUGGACAUUCCACGUGGUCCUCAGUAAGGAGUUUUCCAGACGUGUAUUUCCUCUUGCAUCAGUGUUUUCUCAUAUUUAUGACUUCUAUUUCUAGAACCAUGCAGAACAGUAAUUGUUUAUUUGGUGCUUACUCUGUUAAUCCUAUUUGUAAUCCUAAAUGCGCCUAUCACAUCACCCUUCAACCUUAAGACCAUAAGAGGUAGAAUUAGUGCAUUAAUUUCUAUGACCCUUGCUAGUGUUACUUUAGCUCCACCUAUUGAUAUGAUCCAAUACAGCUGUGUUUUCUUGGUAUCCAGAAAUGUAUCAAUUUGCCUAAAAAAUAAAUUUCACAAUGCUUUUCAUGUCCACCAUCUGAAUUACAAACCUUCACAGCGAGGAAAUAUUUCUGAAACAUUACUUCAUAUUGUAAUAAAUGAAUACGCUGAACAUUAAAAAUAGAACCUUUGACCCUGUUACACUGA